CACACACACGCAUAAACAAAAAAGAAGAAGAAGACGAACCCAGAAAAAAAGCAAAAAAAAAGGUCGAAUAAAAAAGAAGAAGAAGAAAAGAUUUGAGAUUUAGCUGCAGGGGAGGUGGUUGAACAAAACCCUAAUCCCAAUCUGCCCCGAAUAUGCCAUUUUUGAGGAUUGUGAGACUUCUCCUACCAGGAAUAAGGGUCUUGAUAAGAAGAUCUCUAAUUUGGUUGUUGUAGAUGCAUCUCCGUGAAAUUAUUCCCUCUUGGAUCUACCAGUUCUUUGGUUGCAUGGGAGGUUGUUUUGGAUGCUGCAAUAAACCACCGCUUAUAGUUGCAGUGGAUGAGCCGUCUAAAGGGUUAAGGAUUCAAGGUCGUUUAGUGAAGAAGCCAAGUGUAUCAGACGGCUUCUGGAGCACAAGCACCUGCGAGAUGGACAACAGCACACUUCAGUCACAGAGAAGCAUUUCUUCUAUCAGCUUCACUAACAACACUUCUACUUCUGCAAGUACAAGCAACCCCUCAGAAUUUGUAAACAACGGAUUGAACCACUGGAACCAAACUAGGCAACAGUGGCUUGCAAAUGGAACUUCUCAAAAAAAGGCCAAACUUCGAGAACCUACAAUAAGCUGGAAUGCAACAUAUGAGAGCUUGUUGGGUAUGAACAAGAGGUUCUCUCGUCCAAUACCUCUCCCUGAAAUGGUUGAUUUUCUGGUUGAUGUGUGGGAGCAAGAAGGCUUGUAUGAUUAAGUUGCAAACUCUUGAAACUUAAUUAGUUUCUCAUCUUUUUUUAUUAAUUAUGUGUGUAAUCAAAAGAAGAAAAAACAAAUUUCCAGAACUUGGAUUUUUAGACUUUAGCUUCCUGAAAGUAAAAACUCUCAAGGAACAUUUCGAAAACACGAUUUUAGACCCCCUUUUUUUUUGUUUGUUUGGUCUUUGUGUAAUAGUCAAUUUAUUACGUCGAUUUUUAUUACACUCGGAAUUGUAAUACUAUGACAAAAGUGGUUUCAGCUAUUUUCUAA